UUUUUUUUUUUUUUUUUUGUUAAUAUAUGACUAUCGAUCUUUAUUACCUUUUUGCGUCGAGUGUGGCUGCUCUUAUAGCAAGACUAUUUACUCAUCCAAUUGAUACCAUUAAAACCCGCAUUCAAACCUCAACACAAACAACGACUAUCAAGAAUAUUCUCUUUACUUCUUCUUUUUUAUCUUUAUAUGAUGGUCUUACUGUCACUUUAUGGUUUGUCGUACCUGCACUAUCUAUUUAUCUUUCCACUUAUCAAACCACCAAACAAUACUUAUCUAUAUCAUUGGGUUGGAAUAUCAACAGUCCCUGGACUCACCUUGUUUCUGGCUGUAUGGCUGAAGUCUUAGCUGGUAUCUUUUUUACUCCUAUGGAAGUCAUUAAAAGUCGCCUACAAGUACAACGAUCCAAACCCUAUUAUCAAACUCUUGUAUACGAUACCAAUGAAACAAACGAUCCCAUAAACGACAACUACAAUCAACUACCCUAUAGCGAAACAAUGAAUGACAAUUAUGAUAAAGGGACGCUCUCUUUGAUGCAGACGAUAUACGUACAAGAUGGUUGGCAAGGGUUUUACAAAGGAUACGGUAUUACCUUGGUGGUGUUUGUACCGCAAACCAUGAUCUAUUUUAUGGUAUACGAACAACUCAAAUUACACCUGGUUUCUGGUUUGUCUACCUACUUAUUCUGCUCGGUCAUGGCGAGUACUAUCAGUGUAGCUUUCUGUAAUCCUUUGGACGUGAUCAAGACACGCUGGCAAGUGGAUCAUCAAUACAAUCAUCAACAGUCAUUCAUUGAAAUAGGAGCCAUCAUACUUCAAAUGUAUAGGACGGAAGGUUAUGGGGCUUUUAUGAAAGGAACUCUGGCAAGAGUCAUAUGGGGUGUCCCUAUGACAACCAUCAGCAUGUGCAUAUUUGAAGUCCUCAAGGAUUGGCAUUCUUCAUAGAAUAUAUCUGGUUUACCUUUCUUACUCCUGUGCUCUUAUCAUCCUAGUCAAACAGAUAGUUUUACUAUUAUUAUUUAUUAUUAUAGAUAAAUGAAGGUGUGAUAAUACUGAAUGACAAUAUUAAGUAAUAAUAAAAGUAUGUCUUUAUUUAAAUGAGAAUGUAAUAUAAUAUAAAACACCAAGUAAAAGAAUAAAGUACUGAAUAAACUGAUUUCCAUGAUAAGGGAAAUGAACUCAAAAAUAAGAGAUGAUACUAUUCCCUAAUUUGCUAUUCUUUUGUCCAAUAGAAUACUCGUUAUAUGUCCAGUUAAUUCUAUUGUAUAUUCCUUCAUAUAUC